AUGGAAGACAUGCAGAACCAACCACCACACGUGGUUCUUUUUUCCAGUCCUGGUUUGGGCCACCUCAUCCCCAUCAUCGAGCUCGGCAAGCGCUUCCUCCGUCACCACAACUUCAAAGUCACCAUCCUCGCCGUCACUUUCCAAGCCUCCAACGCCGAAGCAGAGGUUCUGAGAUCAUCUCUCUGCGAUGUCAUCGAGAUACCACCGCCUGACCUCCCUGCCGGAGCUGGAGCCGCUCUUGCCACUCGCCUCUGCAUGACGAUGCGCGCCGCCGUGCCCGCCAUCCGAGCAGCGCUCUCCACCAUGCAGCUCCGUCCCUCCGCUUUCAUUGUUGACAUUUUUGGGACAGAUUCCUUGCCAGUUGCCGCUGAACUCAAUAUCCGAAAAUUCGUGUACGUGACUUCACAUGCUUGGUUUCUGUCGCUGCUCGUGUACUUGUCGGUGCUGGAUGAAAUAAUUGAAGGACAGUAUGUGGACCAGAACAAGCCGCUUACAAUACCCGGGUCAAGCCCGGUUCGGCCGGAGGACGUUUUCGACCCCAUGCAGGACCGGAACGACAUGCAGUACUCGGAGUGUCUAACACUAGGAAAAGCAAUUCCGAGAAGCGACGGCGUUUUGGUCAAUACGUGGGAGGAGCUUCAGUGUAGAGACCUUGAGGCACUAAGAGACCAAAAUUUAAUGGGUCGGGUCUUGAAGGUCCCGGUCUACGCGGUGGGACCCAUCAUGAGGGAACCUGAUUCGGAAACGGGUUGGGAUUCCGGGUGGGUUGUGCAGUGGUUGGACAAACAGCCUAGGGAUUCAGUGGUUUACGUGUUGUUCGGAAGCGGAGGAACGAUGUCGUAUGAGCAAAUGAGGGAGAUAGCGUUUGGUUUGGAAUUGAGCGAGCAGAGGUUUGUUUGGGUGGUGCGCGCGCCCACCGAAGGAGUUACGGACGCGGCUUAUUUGACGAUGGGGCGUGGAACUAGUGAUGAUUGGGAUGGUGUGUUGCCAGAAGGGUUUGUUGAGAGGACUUGGGAAGUGGGCUUGGUAGUUCCGCAGUGGGCCCCACAAGUAACGGUUUUGAGGCACAGUUCGGUUGGCGCGUUCUUGUCGCACUGCGGGUGGGGUUCAACCCUGGAGAGUGUGAUGAGCGGCGUGCCUAUGAUCGCAUGGCCUCUGUAUGCUGAGCAAAGGAUGAACGCGACGUUGCUGGCGGAGGAGCUAGGCGUGGCGGUGCGAACGAAGGAGCUGCCCACGAAGAAGGUGGUGAGGAGGGAGGAGAUAGCGAGCAUGGUGAGAGAGGUGAUUCAGUUGCGUGACGGAAGGAUCAGUGCCGUGACGAAGAGAGUGAAAGAGAUCAAGCACAGUGCUGAAAAGGCUUUGUCGCCAGGUGGUUCAUCUCACACUGCGCUGGCUCAGGUAGCGAAAAUUAUUAUCGGAGGAUGA